UUCCAACCUCCACAAUUCCGUCACUCAGUCGCGACACGGCUGCUUUCUUUCUCUCUUCCGUUUCAGCGACCUCUUCCUCUGAACACCUCUCGACAAUCCGACUUGACUACUACCACACCACUCAGUCUUGUCGCCCAACUCUCUCGUGCUGUGCUGUCGGCUAACAACACCCAUACUCUGAAUCGCCGACGCGUUAUUCCUCGCUCGACAUCCAGUGUGCUCCCGGUCACGCGAGGGUCCCCGACGAUCCCUCCGCAUUCUACACUACAGUACAUACUUGUCGACCUUCUAACGGUCCCGCGUGGAGCUUGGGCCCCUCUCUGACUGAAGGCAGACGGGAAGGACUGACACCAACAUUCUGACUGCGACGACCAACACCAUCCAACAGUGUCCAUCCAUCCAACUGCCGGAGAAGAAGAAGAAGAAGAAGAAGAAGAAGAAGACGAAGAAGAAGCAGCAACAACAAGGCGACCAACAAGCAAAACAGCAGGCAUCAACACUUUGCCCUGCGCAAACCAGGAGGGUCAUAAUUUGAGGAUUGCUAGGUCUAGCUGCUGCAAGAAUCUCGCCUGCCAGCGACACAUAGCUUCAGGAUCAUUUUCUUCGUUCUUUUGUUGUUGUUGAGACAGCCCUCCUCUGGGUAGUCACUGUCGCCAUCCAUCGUUGCUAGCUCUACCUACUUUCUCACGCGUAAAAUAUCUUUCUCUCGCUGUCUAAUGCCCGCAUGAGGAUCCGCUCUCCACACGCAUGUCUUGAGCCAUCUGCAGUAGACCGCGCGCGCGUCAGACAGAGUCGAAAGCACUCCCUCCCAAUUGUAUCCGAACAAGGCUGGAAAGUUCGCUGUCCACUGAGCCCGUACCUACUACAUACCCCAAAGUUACCCGACCUGACCAUUGUCGAGAACCGCCAUCAUGUCUGAACCCGAGCCGCGCCGAUCGGUUAGAGCUACCAAGGGUCAACACAAGGCUCUGGAACAGCUCGACCAAAUCGACAUCCCCAAGAAGCGCGGAAAGAAGGCCGCCAAGAAGGCAGUCCCCGAGCCAGAAGAGCCCGAGGAAGAAAUCAUCCGAUGUGUCUGCGGCGCCACCGAGCAAGAUGAGGAUUCCGGCGAACCCUGGAUUGCCUGCGACAUGUGCGGCGCCUGGCAGCACAACAUCUGCAUGGGCAUGAGCCAGUAUAGCGAAGAUCUACCUAAGGAGUAUUUUUGCGAGCUCUGCAAGCCCGAGAACCACCAGGAACUGCUCAAUGGCAUGAAGAACGGCGAGAGGCCCUGGGAGGCCAGGCGCAAAGCCUUCGAGGAGGAAAAGGCAGAGAAGCGGAGAAGAGGCAACAAGAAGAAGUCCAAGAGGGUGAGCGACCACAAGGAAGAAAGCGCCCAGGUCUCCCAGAAACCAAAGCCAUCUCCGGUACCAGAGCCCAAGAAGGAUGCCAAGACCGCCGCUGGACAGAAGCGCAAGACGACAGAACCGGUGCCAGAGAAGGAGCCCAAGCAAAAGGUCCGAAAGGUCACAGAAACCCAAGCUCCAUCUCUUCCGUCAUACAAGGCCCCAGAUGACAUCGCUGGAAAGAUCAGUGAGCUACCCGAGCUCCGGCAAGGCGCCGCCAAGCUCCUUUCUAAAUCUCUUGUACACUCUAUUGGAGUUGCCGAGAAGAAGGGCGUGUCCAUUCCUUCCGAAGGCGUCUCAGCCUCCGCCGAGCGUUUAGCUAUUCAGAUUGAGCGUGCUGUCCACGAUUCGCACCAACCCACUGCCUAUAGCGGCCAGAUGCGGACACUAAGUUACAACCUCAAGACCAACCAAGACCUUACGACCGGCCUGCUUGGCGGCACCCUUACUCCUACCAUGUUGGCUUCCAUGACAACAGAGGAGCUGGCAACAAAGGAGCUACAGAAAGAGACCGCCGAGAUGAAGGCCAGGGCAGAGAAGCAGUCCAUUAUGAUCACCGAGGAUGUCCCUAGGAUACGAAAGACGCACAAGGGCGAGGAAGUUAUUGGGGACGAAAGUUUCAACCUUUCGACUGAUGUUUCCUCCGCCCCCGUACGUAGGCCGCCCCAGGAUACAGCCGAGCCCCCGAAGAAACGCGUUAAGGAAGAGGGACCGGAGAGGGCUGCUCAGGGGACGGCUUCGAAGCGAGCUUCGAGGGAUCUGACUGUGGACACGCAAAAGUCGCCUAGCACAGGGAACUUUGAUAUCAACAAAGUCUUCUCAAGUGUUAGGUCGCCUACGCAGUCUCACCACAGACGUCCAUCCGCCAUGUCUACAUCGACAGGACCUGGGGUUGAUGCUGAUGUGGAUCGCCUUUUGGAUGACGGCACCCAAUCACCGCCUUACUCGCCCAAGGAAGAGAUCCUCGACCCCGACGUGGUAUGGAAGGGAAAUUUGGUCAUGAACACCAUUGCGGACUUCCAAGUGACGGCCAAGCAUAUUGGAGGCGCCAAACUCAAGGAGUCAAUCGGCUUGGAAUGGGACAAGUUGAUGCCCAAGACUCUUACUGUCUGCGGACGGAUUGACGAACAACAGGCUAUUGUCUACCUCUGUAGUCUGAGGUAUAGUCUUCCCACUGAUGUGGUAGUAGUGAACUUACAGCCCACGUCGGCGGCCUCGAAGCCGCAGUUCCAACGCCUGGUUGACUACUUUGUGUCCAAGAAGCGAUACGGAGUCAUAGGAGACAGAGGGGUAGCAAACGUCCGCGACACCUACCUCGUUCCCGUGCUUCCCGGCACAGGUCAAUACCCAGAGUUUAUGCUCAACCUGGCGGACAACCACAUUCCCGAGACGAGGACAGAGCCAAUGUUGCUCGCCGUAUUUGUCUACCGUAACGAUCCCGAUACUAUCAUGCGGCUACAUGGGACUAAUGACUAUAACCAAGUAGUGGCGAACCAGUCCACAAAGGUCCACACCAGCUUCGCCAAUACACCGGCGCCAUCAUCGCCAGCGCUGGCGAACCUUCCUCCGGGCCAUCGACCUUCGCUCUCGACGCCCGCUUUCUCACCAACAUCUCCACAGGGCACAUUCCCCAAUUACCCAACUCCUAGGCACAGUAGCACCCCUUCCCAAGUGCCACCGCAGCAGCAACCGCAGCCAACACCGCCAGCCCAGCAGCAUUCAGUGAGCCAGAUACAGCAUCCCGCCGUGGACCAAGUACAGAAACAAGGCGAGGCCAUCGCUAGAGAAGUACUGGGCUCUCUCAUCACCAGCCCGACGGUUGCCUUUUUGUUGCCUCAGGCCCACAAGAUGUCCCGGAAGGAAUGGGAAGUGAUCAAGAAAAUCUACGAACGGGACCCCAAGGCUCGCGAUGAUCUCCCUUACCUUAGCAAUGUUUUGGAGAGGGAAAGUACAAAUGCGCAGGCCAAGGCUGCUCAAGCUCAGCAGCAAUCCCAGCAGCAUCCGGUCCAUCAACAGCACCAGAAUCAACAACAACAGAUGCAUCAUCAGCCUCACCACCAACAACAUCAUCCACAGCAUCAGGUUCAGCAGCAGCAGCAGCAGCAGCAGCAGCAGCAUCUGCCGCAGCAUCCGCCCCAACAUCAACCACACCAUCAGGCUCAUUUCCAGCCUCAGCCUCAGCAUCAACAGCAACACCAAGCUCAUCAUCCACCCCAUCAUCAGCCCCAGCACCAGUCACAGCAGCAGGCUCAUCAUCAACCUCACCCUCCUCCACCGCAGCAUCAUCAACAACCGCAACAGCAACAGCAACACCCACCAAAACAUCAAGCUCAGCAUCCACCUCAGCAUCAACCGCAGCACCAGGCCCCUGCUCAACAGCCGCAAGCGGCCUACCCGCCCCAACCGGCCUCUCAUCAUCCUCAACCACCUCAACAUCAGCAGCACCAACCACCGCAACCGCAGCACGCGCAGCCUCACCCACAGGCCCAGCCUCAGCAAGCUCAUCCACAGCAUCACCAACAAUACUUCACCCCGCCGGUGCGAACCACUCCUAUUCCUCCGCCGCCCAUCCCACCGGUAACUUCUGGCUCGGGUGGCCCCAUUAAGCAAACGCCCAUUCCGCCUCCGCCCAUUCCUCACCAGGCUGCCACAGCAGCAACCGGUCCUCCUUCUGCCUAGAGGGGCGACGGACAGCGGACAAACCACCCGGACUCAGCAGCAGCGGUCAGGAAUAGUAGUAGUAGCAAUAAUACGAGGCCUGCAGCAGCGACAAAGAAAAGUGACAAGAAACCACCGCCGAGCACACCGCGAAGGGAGGAGGAUGAGAGGGGUUCAAUUUUAGGAGCUGGAACAGGAUCAGGAGGGUCAAGAUCAAAAGUGGCAACGACGACAACGGCCUCAACAAAAAAUCCGGCGCUGCCACCGCUUGAUACCGAUCUCAAUCAUCAUCUCGACCGUCGUCCUCAAUGCCUCCCUCAUCAUCAUCCUCAUAUAACAAACCCUUCGCCGCGGAGUCCGUUGGUUGCCGCUAGUCCGGUAGUUGAUCAUCGGAGAAGAAGGAGUAGUACUGCAGCCAGCAGUGCAGCCGGUAGCAUAUUAGGUGGUUUCGGUGGAGGUGGUGGAAGUAGCAUCGCAGGCGGAAGCAGACAUCAAUCUCCCUCGGCCAACUCGGUUGCGUCAUCUAUCCGAUCAUCUGUCUUGGGCUCAGCAUCAACGGGUGCGAACCAAGCGACACCGGCCAGUAGACCGACGCCGAGGAGAAGGCGGUUGUUAUGUUUGCAGCCGGUGGAGAAGCAGACGCAGAAGAAGAAGAAUCAGGCAAAGGAUGUGAUGGAGGGGUGGGAUGCUGAGUCUGAUUAGAAGCCGCGCCGUUAGUGGGGUUGAAGUCAGUUGGUUUCUUGAGAUUCGGAGGGGUGGAAGUUCGUCUUAGUCUGUUGUAAGGGAAGGAGGAUAGGUAUUGAAGAGUUGCCUGUGUGACGGGAAUUAAGAAAAUGUUACAUGGUAGAGGUAUGUUUACCUGUUGAAAGCGGUCAACGAAACGUGGAGCGGAAAGGUGGGGGGGAAGGAGGAAGAAAGGAAAAAAGGAACAUAAAAAGGAAAGUUCAGAUUCAAGUACUUUUGGAAGAGAGUGAAAAUAUUGUGGCUCUGGUUUUGGAGGGGGCGUAUUUUAGGUUAUUGAAGGCUACUAUGGAAGGGGAGGAGUUUAAUCAGGCAUCAUGAUAUGCCCGUUUUCGUCCCUUUGGUUUUCAAGUCAGUCACUUUUCUUGCUCGAUGUUUAUUGCUGGUCACAAAUUGUUUUUGUAGUAACUAUGGCGCUUGAAGUGGAGUUGGUCUGUCAACUCUUGAGAAGUCCCUCCCACUCUCCCAGUGUCAUGUCUAUUCUAGUCUACAGUCGUGUUGUUGACUCUGAAAUGGAGGAGGAAAACGAAAACGAUCAAGGUCGGACCUCUUCUCGGUUUCUUUGCUCAUGUUUAGGUAAUUGACUGCAAACUGUUCAUGUCAUAGCUAUGGUAACUGGUCGCGCCAGUUCAAGAUAGAAAAUGGAGAUUGAAUCUAGCGA